GCAUGCUCAGUUAUUUCUACCGUCGCGGCGUACUUUAUUUUUUUUGCCAAAUCUCUUAUCACAAACGUAUGUUCACCCACUAGUAACAGCAAUACUGCAGAUGGUUAUUACAACUGGAGAGGUGCAUGCUAUCCACCUGAGCUGUUUCCCAAGUGCUAUUCUAGCCCUCCAGGUGGAGAUCGUCAUCCUGCAGACAUGAAGAUCCUCCUGGUGUUUGACUUUGACCACACCAUUGUGAACGAUAACAGUGACACGUGGAUUAUCCAGUGUGCUCCAGAUAAAAAGCUCCCAAACAUCUUACAGAACUCUUACGAGAAAGGGAAAUGGACGGAGUACAUGGGUAGGGUUUUCACCUACCUAGGAGAACAGGGAAUCCGCGAGGAUGACAUGAAGAGAAUCAUGAUCGCUAUACCCUAUACACCCGGGAUGACGGAGCUCCUUCAUUUCAUUGGCCAAAACAAAGAGCGUUUUGAUUGCAUAAUCAUCUCGGAUUCCAAUACAAUCUUCAUUGACUGGAUUCUCACCCACGCCUGCGUGAACAAUGUCUUCGAUCAGGUCUUCACAAACCCUGCAACCUUCGACCGCUUUGGGAACCUCACGGUGCAGAAUUUCCACAUCCACCAUUGUGCGUCCUGCCCAAAGAACUUGUGCAAGAGAAAAGUACUGGAAGAGUUUGUGGCCAAGCAGACGUCAAACGGAGUCCGCUACUCGAAAAUAGUUUACAUUGGUGAUGGAAGCAAUGACCUCUGCCCUGUAACAUUCCUGAAGAAAGGUGAUAUCGCCAUGCCCAGGGAGGGCUACACCUUACAGAAGAAAAUUGCCAAGGAGAUCGAGCUCAUUGAUUCUUCUAUAAGUGUGUGGUCAACUGGGAGCGAGAUAUUGUCUCACCUGAAGCACUUGGUGGAAGAAUAAGCUUCUGCCGUGACAUCAUAAAUGGACUCUAAAGCGGCACAGAUAUAGUCUGCAACUAACAUUAACAUGAUGAACUUUUGGUGGCGGUGUAUCCUGCAAUUUGUCCAGUACAGUCGGUAUAUCUACCCAAAGUGUUAUUAAAUGUCUCCUAAUGAUCGUUUGCUCAAUAGUUGGGUAUAUUGGUGAAGUACAGUGAUUCUUUGUCAGGGUCUUCUCUGCAGUUGUUCUCAUCAUGGUUUCUCAAGCCAAACGGCUCAUGGAUAUUCAUGUUUCCUAACUUUGUUCCUCAAGUGACCCCAUGUUUUCAGGAUAUCCCUAGUACUGCACAGGUGAUCUUUGUGGGAUAUCCUCUCCUCAUGACCUAUUGGCUAAUAUUUCUGGACUGGAGUUGAGAAACGCUGUCAUGGGACGUACAGUACAGACCAAAAGUUUGGACACACCUUCUCAUUCAAAGAGUUUUCUUUA